UGCGGGUGUUUGUCUUCGAGAUGCCGAGUGAGCGCAGCGGCGGAGAGAAGGGAACACUAAGAACUUGGGGGAGGUGCUGUGGGAAUGGAGCGGGGUGACGCGGGCGGAGCCAACCUGCGGAAUGUAUAUGUGUGUGUGGACGUCCCGGCUUGGAGAGGACUCUGCCCUUUUCUACCAAGAGAGCAUACAGGAGGGAAUGGCCGCUGGGUCUCCAACUGACAGAUGCCAGGAAUCAGUGACAUUCGAGGAUGUGGCUGUGAUAUUCACAGAUGAAGAGUGGAGGCAUCUAGCCCCUAUUCAGAGGGACCUCUACAAGGAGGUGAUGCUGGAAAACUAUAAGAGCAUUGUCUCAUUGGGACUUCCGGUUCCUCGACCUGAUGUCAUUUUUCAGUUGAAGAGAGGGGAUGAGCCUUGGAUAGUUGAUCUUCAUGGAUCUGAGGAGAGAGAAUGUCCAGAGAAGGUCUCUCUAGACCGGGAGACCAAGCCUGGGACUCAAGGUGCAUUGGAAGAGGAAGAAUCAAAAGGAACAGUGAGGGAAGGGCUUGGAAGAAAAGUUCCUCUGUGUCCUAAAUUUGAAGCACAUGCCCUGGAGGGUGAGUUAGCAACAGAGAAGAAAAGCCCCACAGUACAGAUCUGCAAGAAGUCCCUUUCACAGAAGGAAAAUUUGCAGCAAGGGUCUACCUCUCUCAAGAAAAUUCUCACUAAAGAGAGAGACCAGGAAUGCAGCAACUGUGGGAAGACCUUUUUUGACCACUCAUCCCUUAUCCGCCACCAGAGGACUCACACUGGAGAAAAGCCCUAUGACUGUCCCGAGUGCGGGAAAGCCUUCAGUCACAGAAGCAGCCUCAGCAGACAUCUGAUGUCUCACACGGGGGAGAGCCCCUACGAAUGCAACGCAUGUGGGAAGGCCUUUUUCGACAGGUCGUCGCUAACUGUCCAUCAGCGAAUUCAUACUGGAGAGAAGCCCUUUAAAUGCAGCGAGUGUGGAAAGGCCUUCUUUGACCGCUCGUCCCUUACUCGACACCAGAGAAUUCAUACUGGAGAAAGUCCUUAUGAAUGUACUCAGUGUGGGAAAGCCUUCAGCCAGAAAAGUAUUCUGACUCGACAUCAGCUCAUCCACACCGGCCGGAAGCCUUAUGAAUGUAACGAGUGUGGGAAAGCCUUCUAUGGCGUCUCAUCACUGAACAGACAUCAGAAGGCGCACACCGGAGAGCCUCGCUAUCAGUGCAGCGAGUGUGGGAAAGCUUUCUUUGACCGCUCAUCCCUCACUCAGCAUCAGAAGAUUCACACUGGAGACAAGCCCUACGAAUGCACCGAAUGUGGGAAAGCCUUUAGCCAGAGAUGCCGGCUUACGCGACAUCAGAGAGUGCACACAGGAGAGAAACCCUUCGAAUGCAGUGUGUGUGGGAAGGUGUUCAGUUCUAAAUCGUCAGUCAUUCAACAUCAACGGCGUUAUGCCAGACAAGGAAUCGACUGCGCCCUAUGGUCCUCGCGGCUAGUGGGGCCGCCGGGAGCCGGUUGGCGCCCAAGCUCUGCCAACUCUGGCCUGGGCCUUUUCCAAGAGGUCAUAGAAGAGGAGAGAAUGGCAGCUGUACCCCUAACAGCCAGAUGCCAGAAGUCACUCAAGUUUAAGGAUGUGGCUGUGAAGUUCUCAAAGGAUGAGUGGAAGCAGCUGGUCCCUACUCAGAGGGCUCUUUACAGGGAGGUGAUGCUGGAGAAUUAUCAAGGUUUUGUUUCUUUGGGACUUCUUGUUCCUAAACCUGAUGUGAUUUUCCAGUUGAAGAGAGGUGAAGAGCCGUGGAAACUUGAUUUUCAGGAAGACGAAGAAAGAGAAGUCCCAGGAAGUACUUUCUUAGUCCAGAAUGCUAGACUUGAGAGCUGGGACUCAACUCAAAGCCAGGAUAUAUCUAAGAAAGGAACGUUGCAAAAGACAUUAAUGAAAAAACUCGGAAAAGAUGGUCCUCUGGGUCCUGUAUUUGGCUCAGAAAACCUCAGGGGCACAAAGAGAGAACAUUUAUCAGGGGAGACUUGGAAGGAAUCCUCCUCCAAAGAGAAGAACUCCAGGAAAAGAUCCACUCCUGCCAAGAAAACCAACAGCAAGGGGAGAAACUUUGAAUGCGGCAUAUGCGGGAAGACCUUAUAUAACCACUUAUCCCUCACUCGCCAUCAAAGGACUCACACCGGAGAGAAGCCCUAUAACUGUAAAGAAUGUGGGAAAGCCUUCAGCUAUAGAAGUAGUCUUAAGAAACAUCUGAUGUCUCACACUGGGAAGAGCCCCUUUGAAUGCAACGAAUGUGGGAAAACUUUCUAUGACCGAUUAAGCCUUACUGAACAUCAGCGAACUCAUACCGGGGAGAAGCCCUUUACAUGUAACGAAUGUGGCAAGGCCUUCUUUGUCCGCUCCUCUUUUACUCGCCAUCAGAGAAUUCAUACCGGAGAAAGUCCAUAUGAGUGUACAGAAUGCGGGAAAUCCUUCAGCCAGAGAAGCAUCCUGGCUUGCCACAGGCUCACUCACACUGGAGAGCGGCCUUAUGAAUGCAAGGGCUGUGGCAAAGCCCUGUUUGACCGCUCCUCCCUCAUUCGCCACCGGAGGGCACACACUGGAGAGACUCCUUUUGAAUGUAAGGAGUGUGGGAAAGUUUUCUUUGACCGCUCGUCCCUUAACCAGCAUCAGAAAAUUCAUAGUGGAGACAAGCCCUAUAAAUGCACUGAAUGUGGGAAAGCCUUCCUCCAGAAAAGACGACUUACUCAGCAUCAGAGAGUGCACACUGGAGAGAAGCCCUACGAGUGCAGCGUGUGUGGGAAGGUGUUCAGCUGCAAGUCAUCCAUCAUCCAGCAUCAGCGACGCUAUGCCAGGCAGGCCUCAGGAUAUCAUAGAGGGGCUCCAGCCCGGCAAGGGGCCCCCAUAGAGACUUAAGCUGCUUGUAUUCAAGAUAAUGAAGGUUUGUGUUUGAGCACCUUCUAA